AGGCUGGCGGCCGCACCUGGCCGGGAGCGGGCGCGGCGCGGCAGCGGCGGCGGGGGCGGGGGCAUGGACCAGGCCUGGUGGAGCGGGGGGCCCGGCCGGGUGCGCCCCGCCGCCCAGUGAGCGCCCGGGCGGCGCGGCCCGGGCCGAGCCACCCACGCUGAGGCGGAGGAGGACGGGGACAAGGUGUCUGAGAUGCUGCCACCGCAGAAGAAGCCCUGGGAGUCCAUGGCUAAGGGGCUGGUGCUGGGCGCGCUGUUCACCAGUUUCCUGCUGCUGGUGUACUCCUAUGCCGUGCCCCCGCUGCAUGCUGGCCUGGCCUCCACGACCCCAGAGGCCGCAGCGUCCUGCUCUCCGCCUGUGCUUGAGCCAGAGGCAGUGAACCGCGCCAACGGCUCGGCGGGAGAGUGCCAGCCGCGGCGCAAUAUCGUGUUUUUGAAGACUCACAAGACGGCCAGCAGCACCCUGCUCAACAUCCUGUUCCGCUUCGGCCAGAAGCACCGGCUCAAGUUCGCCUUUCCCAACGGCCGCAACGACUUCGACUACCCGACCUUCUUCGCCCGCAGCCUGGUGCAGGACUACCGGCCCGGGGCCUGCUUCAACAUCAUUUGCAACCACAUGCGCUUCCACUACGACGAGGUGCGUGGCCUGGUGCCGCCCAACGCCAUCUUCAUCACGGUGCUCCGUGACCCUGCCCGCCUGUUCGAGUCCUCCUUCCACUACUUCGGGCCGGUGGUGCCCCUCACGUGGAAGCUCUCAGGCGGCGACAAGCUGGCCGAGUUCCUGCAAGAUCCGGAUCGCUACUACGACCCCAACGGCUUCAAUGCCCACUACCUCCGAAACCUGCUCUUCUUCGACCUGGGCUAUGACAACGGCCUGGACCCCGGCAGCCCGCAGGUGCAGGAGCACAUCCUGGAGGUGGAGCGCCGCUUCCACCUGGUGCUCCUUCAGGAGUACUUCGACGAGUCGCUGGUGCUGCUGAAGGACCUGCUGUGCUGGGAGCUGGAGGACGUGCUCUACUUCAAGCUCAACGCCCGCCGCGACUCGCUGGUGCCGCGGCUCUCCGGGGAGAUGUACGGGCGCGCCACCGCCUGGAACAUGUUGGACGCCCACCUCUACCGCCACUUCAACGCCAGCUUCUGGCGCAAGGUGGAGGCCUUCGGGCAGGAGCGCAUGGCCCGCGAGGUGGCAGCCCUGCGCCAUGCCAACGAGCGCAUGCGGACCAUCUGCAUCGACGGGGGCCACGCCGUGGACGCCGCCGCCAUCCAGGACGAGGCCAUGCAGCCCUGGCAGCCGCUGGGCACCAAGUCCAUCUUGGGCUACAACCUCAAGAAGAGCAUCGGGCAGCGGCACGCGCAGCUCUGCCGGCGCAUGCUCACGCCCGAGAUCCAGUACCUGAUGGACCUCGGCGCCAACCUGUGGGUCACCAAGCUCUGGAAGUUCAUUCGCGAUUUCCUGCGGUGGUGACGUCCCACCGCCCAGUGGCUUGCCUGCCUGUUCUCUCCCUACGGAGGGGCUGAGCAGGACGCCGCUGGUGCUGGCCGCCCCCAGCCCCCUCCUGGUGCCACCUCGGACCCCGGGGUGAGAGGGGUGCUUCCUAGGGGGACACAGCCAGCCAAGACUGGGCCCACGCACACAGAGAGGGCCUAACCGAUAUCAGUAUUUAACUAAUUAUACCGGUUUUUAUUAAACCCCUUUCCCUCCCCGAAAAAGAAUGUUCUAUUUCUGCCUCCCCUUAAAGGGGAGACCUCAGAAGUAAAGGAAUUUGAUGUUGUGUUUUUGUUAA